AUGCAAUUUACUUCUUUGACUGAAGAUAACCAUCCAGGCGACAGUCUUACCGACCAAUACCUAAGCGAAUGUGAAGCAACUCUGGAGAAGUUCAGCUUGAACUGGAAUGAGCAUGAGCAGCUGGAUUUUAUCGAACGCAUUCUCAGUCGCAUGUCUCAUAAUCAGUUAUUCUUCACGCAUAUGCUGAUUCAACCGAUGCUUCAGCGAGAUUUUAUCGCCCUGUUGCCGCAGCAUUUGGCCGAAGUUAUUCUCUACAACUUGGAUUCUCGUACAUUGGCCGCUUGUGAAGCAGUGAGCACAAAAUGGAGAGCUGUGCUGGCUAGAGGUCAGCUUUGGAGGAAAUUUAUUGAAAGAAAUGUGAGGUUGGACAAUAUGUGGCGAGGAUUGAGUGAGAAGAAAAAAUGGCGAAAAUUUAUCAUGGCUACGAGAGAAUGUGCUGCUAGCGAGAUUUGCAAUAACUAUCGAGUUCCAUAUGAGAUGAUGCGAGGUUCUGCUGAAAUG